CUCUCUGUUCUCAUAACAAGUAUUAUUAUAGUGCUCAUAUCAGGCAGUUCAUUAGCAAAUCUUCAUACAUUGACAGAUCUGCAUUCACUGAUAAUAGUGAACUCAAUGUUAAAUCAUUGAUCAAGAACUUGGAGAAUGUGAUAAUGAAGGAAUUGUCUGUGUCAUGUGUGACUGAGUCUUCUGUGUCUCUUCCUGCCUCUUCUGCCACUUCUUUUCCUGCUGCUCUUUCUCAAUCUUCUACACUUGCCUCUGUGUCUGGUUCUCCUGCUCCCGCUAUCCCUGUUCCCGCGACUCUCACUUCUGCUACUCCUGCUCCUGCUGCUGCCUUCAUUACUAGCUCUUCUCAUUUCAAGAAGAUAUUGUGUAGACUCAGUGAAUCACAUUUCUCAGCAU